UCUCUCUCUUUUAUUCGAACGUUACCAGAAAACCAGAAACAACUUCACUUUCAAAAUUUCAAUCCAUUUCCCCUUCAAAGAUGAAAACGAAUCGGAAGCUCAAGAAAUCAGAUCCAGCGUCAUCAAAGUUUGUUUUGAAAGAGAUUAUCGGAUUAACAGCGAAAAAUGAAAACGGAUUAGCUUCCAGCGUAACGGCCUCUACCUGCGUUUACGUGGCCGGUUGCGUUGCGGUGGUUUAUGAUAUGGAAAAGGGAACGCAAUCGCAUCUCAUGCUCUCUCAUCGAAUGCCUAAACCUUUGAGCUGCGUGGCCGUCUCGCGUGACGGCUGCUUCGUAGCUGCUGGUGAGUCAGGGCAUCAACCUUCAGUGUUAGUGUGGGAUUGCGGGACCCUUGCCUUCAUAUCUGAGCUGAAAGGUCAUCUAUAUGGAGUAGAGUGCAUAGCUUUCUCAUCUGAUGGGGAACAUUUGGUGUCUGUUGGGGGAUACAUUUACCUUUGGGAUUGGCGGAGUGGGAUUUUGGUUACAAAGCUUAAAGCAAGUUCAUCUUGUUCUGCUGUUACGUCUGUCACUUUCUCUUCAGAUUCAAAAUACAUUGUUACUGCCGGAAAGAAGCACCUGAAAUUCUGGGCAGUUGGAGCAUCUCCAAGGACUCGCAUGAACAAAGGAACAAUUUCGCUGUCUAUUCAUGCGAAGCCUAUUAAUCUUGGUCCUCAGAAAGGAAGUUCAUUUGUAUCUGUCACGUCCGCCAUCUGGACCGAGGGUAGUGUUGUGAACUGUGAUCAGGUUGAUGAGCUUUUUCCUAUAUACGCGCUGACUGACGCAGGAGUUCUAUGCCUCAUAAAUUCUGAGUUGUCGUUAAGAAAUUCUGUUGAUUUAAAGGUUGAAAAAGGAUUUGCACUAUCUGCAUCCAGCAAGUUAAUUGCUUGUGCAUGCAGUAACGGACUAGUACAACUCUUUAAAGUUGAGGAUCUCAGAUACGUUGGAAGUUUACUGUAUACAAAGGCCAAAACAUGCCAUGGCAAAAUUGAUCGUUUUUGCCCUAAAUCCAGUGAAAAAAAUUUACAAUCAACGCCUACUCUUCCUGACGCAGUUGCUUGUCAGUUCAUCUCAGAAAAGCUUGUCGUUGUCUAUGGAGAUCAUAGUCUCCAUAUAUGGGACUUCCAUGAAGAGAAUGAGGCUACCAGGUCCUUUGUUCUUAAUUCUCAUUCUGCUUGUAUAUGGGAUAUCAAGAAUCUCUGUUGUGAAAACACGCACGAUCCAUCUCUCAUGUGUGCUGCUAUGGGAUGUUCUGGAGGAGUCUCCUUUGCAACAUGUUCAGCUGAUGGCACAAUAAGGUUAUGGGAUCUUGUCUUACAACCGAAUUUGUUAGGGGAUACUGUUGACAGUAAUUCUUUGAUCAACGAACCAGUGGGGGCUAUGAAUAUAGUGAGUGCUGGAAGUUUUGAAAUCGCCACUGUAGAUACAACUUUUGGCAAUCAAGGUUUCCGCUCGAUGGCAGUUAGUUCAGAUGGAAAAUACUUGGCUGUUGGUGAUUGUGAGGGAAACCUUCAUAUCUAUGAUCUUCACAAUUCUGAUUAUACAUGCAUUAAGGAUUCCCAUGAUGCGGAGAUUCUCUCAUUGAGUUUUAGCUUGUCAAGCACCAAGGAUGCUGAUUCCGGAGGAGACAUGGACAAUCAUUACUUGCUUGCUUCUGGGGGGCGGGAUCGAAUAAUCCAUCUCUAUGAUGUUAAAAGGAAUUUUAAUCUCAUUGAAAGUAUAGAUGACCACUCAGCUGCUGUGACUUCUGUCAAACUUGCUUGCAACGGAUGUAAGAUUCUGAGUUGCAGUGCUGAUAGGUCCCUUGUGUUCCGUGAUGUCAGUUUAACUGAUAUCAGAUGCAAGAUUUCACGUCGCCACCAUCAAAUGGCAUCUCAUGGAACUGUCUACGAUAUGUCUGUAGAUCCAGUAAUGGAGGUUGUUGUCACUGUUGGCCAGGAUAAGAAGAUAAACACAUUUGACAUUGUUAGUGGAAAGCUUAUUAGAUCAUUCAAGCAUAAUAAAGACUUUGGUGACCCAAUAAAGGUUACAAUGGACCCUAGCGGCAGCUAUCUUGUAUGCUCAUUUUCAAACAAGUCUAUCUGCGUGUACGACUUUGUGAGCGGAGAGAUGAUUGCCCAAGCCGUAGGACAUGGAGAAGUUGUGACCGGAGUCAUUUUUUUACCGGAUUGCAAGCAUAUAGUUUCUGUAGGAGGUGAUGGUUGUAUUUUUGUGUGGAAACUUCCUGCUCGCUUGGCUUUCAGGAUGUUACAGAAAGUGAAGGAAACUUCUGUUUCAUUGUCUCCAAGAACCCCAGCCCUGCCUGUAGGUUUUAGUCAAGCCAUAAUUUGUGGAGAGGGAGACCUACCAUGCAGAAUUGAUUUCAAAGAUGUAUUGCCAGCUGAGAGCUCAAGUCAACUUAAACAAAGAGCGAAUUAUCAUGGAUUGGAUACCCAAGAAACCUAUGCAUUUAAAUUAAGCAUUUCAAGACUUCCAAAAUGGGCGCAAGACAAAGUAACAAGCUCUGAUUUUGUCCAGAGAAAUCUUGAGUUCACUUCACCCCAGCAAAAGGAAGUAGAACCAAAAAUUUUAUCACCUUUGAUUAGCAAUGGUGGGGCUUAUGCUUCAUUGUGCCAUGAACAUCAAACUCCAUUUGGUCGUGGGUCAGGAGGUCGCAGCUCGUGCCACAGUAGCCUAUGCAGAAGUUCUUCCAAUGUUUGUAAAAGCCAAAGUUCUGCAUCCCCAGAAGAAUUUGCUAGCUCUGCCACAGAAGAUCAUUGGUUCACUGUCUACAAUGUACGUCUGGAUCUACUGAAUUCCCCAGAGAUGCAAAAUCCGAAACAUUUAAAGAUGCCAGUGUCAUCACCAAAGCUGGUGCAAGGCCUAGCUGAGAUACCUAGUGAGAGUGACCAUUCUUUGGGUCAUAGGGGCCAUUUUGUAGAUGACGAGCACGACACCAUGGAUAUUAAUGCUUUCCAUAUGAAGUCUGAAGACAGUGAUCUGUUCAAGGAGCAUUUCGGCAACCUGUCUGCAUUACUCAAGGUUAAGAAAAGGCAAUCAUCUACUAGAAGAAGAUACUCUUCACAAUAUUUUUUACGGCGGGAUUAUCUUGUGGGCUGCAAAAAACUUCUUGACAAGUCUAUGCAAGACGUAGGUGUGUUUAAGCAGGAGAAAGAACCAGCCACCAAUGUUAAUUUGAAGGAGGAUCCUUCGUUCAAGGAACAGCAAGUGCUAGGCUCUAUUAAUCAGGACCUGAGCUCAAUGGAAUGCUUGCGUACCCCAAGCUGUGCCCUUUCUCGAGAUGAAAAGGAUAAAGAAGAUUCAUCAACCAUUGAAGAAGCCAUGGCUCAGAAGCAAUGCGUUGAUGGAGGAAGUGAACCAGGGGAGAAAAUCACUGCAUGUAGAGAAGCAUUACGUAGCCUGGACACUGCUGCAGAGAAUGUUUUCCAGUUAUUUGCGAAAUUAGGAACAGAAUAUUCCAUGGAAGAGUUUUCGAGUGGAUCUGGAGCUCAGUUACGUAACGAAGCAAUUGAGCUACUUCCGAAGAUUACCGAAAAAAUCAAUGCGGUGGCCGAAUGGGUGCAAAACAAUAGAAGCAGCACCGGCUCAUCCACAAGUAGAGUUGAAGGCUCAGCAUUCGAACCUGUGUUAGGAAAACUCGCUGAGAGCCUAUCGCAAAGAGUUGUUGAAAUACUAAAGAAGAAUCUCAGCACUGUUUAACUGACUCGGCCCAUUUUUAUCCUCACAGGCCCUAAAGAGUUUCCAAGAAUUGAGGUGGAGAAAAGGAACAACUCUGAUAUUGUGCAGCACUGAAAUCAACAGGCUGGGCUCCAUCGCCUAAAAGAAAUUUCGCAGAAAGAGAGGGGAGAAAAAAUUUUGGAUCUUUCUUGCAAGAAUGCACACAUCCUUUCCAAGUAUUAUUCAUUGGCCCUCUCAACUUUAAGUCUUUAACAUUAAAAAGAAAAAGGAUGGGAUGAGAAAAAAGGAAAGAUCCAAGGACUCAUCUUUGCUUUUUCCCUACCACUCCCCUUCCACCUUUGAAAAACAUUUCUACUGAUGAUUUUCAUGCAGUACUUAUAAUAUAAAAACAACAAUAAGAGGGGUAAAAAGCUCUUUAUUUUAUUGUAAAUUUCAAGGCAUGUCAGUCAGUAGAGUAGCCCCUUGUAAUAACCACACCAAAGUUCUGUUUGGAAUAUCUGUAAAACCCGUUGGAAGGUUUUGUCUAGAAACUAUCCUCUUUGGGUCUUGAGUGCCUGUUGCUGCCUCCA